CAUGGCCCAGCAGCAGGAGCUCCAGGCCGGCUGGACACCUGGGUCCCCACACAGGCGGGAGCUGGACCACAGUGAGAAAAGAACACCUCAGGACAGGUUGCUGGGGCCCAACAUGGAGGAGGCAGGUGAGCCCCUGGCUCCAGUCGAGGCCCGAGUGGUAAGUGCCACACUGACAUGGCGACAGCGGCCCCCUGCCCAGGACGAGAUCAGACACCGUUUUCACAAGGUGUCCCUGGUGUCAGGGGCCCAGAUGGAAGCCCCCCAGGAGGAGAUGCUUGAGUAUAGCCACCGUGGAGAGGAAGUCAAUGGCUUUGCUACCCAGGAAGAAGAGACUGCCAAUUACCAGGACCCUCGGGAUGGGGUUGACUCCAGGAACUUCAAGAGCCAUGGGCCCAUCUUUUCCAAGAAGUACACACCACCCCCCAAGGAGAAAAGGCCAGUGGGGAAGCUGCAGGAGACUGUAGACCAUGCUGAUGGCAGCCUCCAAGCUCCCAGGACUGAGCCACCAGGCUUGGGAACCAGGGCCAGGACUGAGCUCUUAGUGCCGCUGCCUGGGCCCCGUGAGCCGAGCCCCCACCCAGGUGUGGGUCUCACCAGUGGGAGCUCCUGGAGCCGCGAGGAGCGGCGAGUGACACGUACUGUGCGGACCACCACGGUGGUAGGAGGGCAUGUGGAGCAACGGGUGAGCAGCUCUUUGACCAUAGGGCCAACACUCUUGAGUGAGGCCCUGCCAAGGGGCCGCAAUGUUGCUCGCACAGUGCGAACAGUGGUGGUGGGCCCCCGGGCUGAGGGCUCGCCCAGCCGCAGCCAGGCCGUGGAGCUGCUGAGUAGCCUUGUACCCGUGGAGCGCAGCACCCCUGCCAGCCGCCUCCCCAGGCCCAUGGCUGUCAUGCCAAGGAGCCCAGGUGUGAGUGGCAUAGGAGGAGCAGACCUGGGACAGCUGCCUGAGACUGGGACAGCAGAGCUAAAGGACAGCUCUGUCCGAGCUCCUCCAGGCACCCCAGCAGGUGCUCAUCCACCUCAGAACCAGGAUGACCCUGCAGCCCACCCAGACGAAGACCAGGGCAGAGCCCUGGAUGCCAGGGCCUGUGAGCCCCCGAGGGUGCAGGGAGCCCCUAGCCCCACUCAGCUCCCUCUCCAGACUUCUUGGAACCAAGCACCAGUACCCUCCUCUCCCAGACUCCAGACCCAUCAUGCCCCCUCCCUGGGCCCAGUCCACCCCCCAGAGCAGCCUGUGAUGCCCACUCACCCUGGGGCCCAGCCAACUCCCCAUGUCCUGCCCCCAAUAAAAAGGGAAGGGCUCACAGAUCCCCCUGCUGCCACUACCCUGCCUGUGGUGAGGAUCAAGGUUGUUACAGUCCCUGAACAACCUCUUGUCCUAUCCUCUGCAAAAAGGACGGUUGACCCCAGCCCAGGAGGUCUUCCUGUUCCAUCCUUCCCAGAGAAUAACUUGGUUCAGGACUCUGAAAAUGUCUCUAUCUCCUCCCUUACUCAGAAAGAAGUAGCGCAGGGUCCUGGUGCCCCUACCAACCCAUCCCCCAUCCAGAAAGAGGUUGUGCAGGGCCCUGGUGCUCCUACUGACCCAUCCCCCACCCACAGAGAGGUUGUGCAGGGUCCUGGUGCUCCUACUGACCCAUCCCCCACCCAGAGAGAGGUUGUGCAGGGCCCUGGUGCUCCUACCGACCCAUGCCCCACCCAGAAAGAGAUUGUGCAGGGCCCUGGUGCUCAUACUGACCCAUCCUCCACCCAGAGAGAGAUUGUGCAGGGCCCUGGUGCUCCUACUGACCCAUCCCCCACCCAGAGAGAGAUUGUGCAGGGCCCUGGUGCUCCUACUGACCCAUCCCCCACCCAGAGAGAGGUUGUGCAGGGCCCUGGUGCUCCUACCGACCCAUGCUCCACCCAGAAAGAGGUUAUGCAGGGCCCUGGUGCUCCUACUGACCCAUCCCCCGAACCAGCAAGGGUUGUGCAGGGCCCAGAAGGCAGCCCUAGCACCCAAAAAGAGGUUGUCCAGGGCACUGAAGGCAGCCUUGCUCCUUCUCCCUCCACAGAAGAGACUGUGCAAGGCUCAAGUGCCCCUGCACCCCCGUUUCCCAAACAGGGUAAGGUUGUCCAGGGUUCAGGUGCUUCUGCUGCCCCAUUUUCUACCCAGAAGGUGGUUGUCCAGGGCCCUGCUGUUCUCCCUGCCCCAGCCUCCUCAGUGGGCAAGGUGUCCCCCAGUCCAGGAGGCACCCCUGCCCCAGGGCCAACUGGAGCAGAGGCCAGGAUGGAGUCUCAGCUGGUCCCUGACUCCACUGAGGGCAAGAUGCUCCCAGAGCCAUCAAGGGAGGAGGAUGAGGUGGCCCUGGCUGCUGACCUGGAGAUUUUCCUGGAUACCCUGCGGAGCAUGGAGCCCCCUGAGAUCCUCCGCACUCACCGGCUGCCCCGAGCUCCCCGCUCCUCCUACCUGGCCAUGUAUGCCACACUGCCUGCCAUCGAGGAGGACCAGCCCGGGCCGUGGCUGCUGGGACCCAGCCCCCAGGAGGUGCCUGCCCUGGCAGAGGAGGAGGAGGAAGAGGAGGCUGAGGAGGAGGAGCCAGAGAACCCCUAUCUGAGUGAUGAUGAGAAGCUCCAGCGCAGGCAGGAGAAAGCUGGGCCCAGCCCCUCCUGGGACUUCCGCCCUGCCAGGCCCAGCCAGGUCUCUUGCUCUCCUCUGCAGAUGAUGAAGAAGCACGUCGCAGGUGCCCAGGGCCCCCAACCAGAGCCGGGGCCGGAACUGCCUGUGGGCAGCAGACACACUUCCCGUCUUGGGGGCAGCCUUCUUUUUGGUGGUCUGGCACCCGCCACUAAGGAGGCCCCCGCCCUGGAACCACUGGGUGCAAAACUAUCUGCUCUGCCACCUCAUGGGGCACCAGGGCUCAGGAAGGUGCCAGGACAGUUGCCCCUGCUGUGCAGUGAAAGGCGGCUGCCAGAGAAGCCUGAACGUGCCCAGCCCCCAGCCCUGGAGGGGUGGAGCCCAGCGCUGAAGACCCAGGGCAAGCUGAACACCAGGCCUGGAAAGGUGGUCCUCUUCUCGGAGCCCGGCUGCCAAGGCAGCAGCAGGGAGGUCUGGGAAGACGUUGCUGAUGCCUCAGGCUGGGCCCUUGUAGCCUCCAUAAGGGUGGUGCGAGGCUGCUGGGUGCUAUACGAAGAGCCGGAGUUCCAGGGCCAGAAGCUGGUCCUCCCUGAAGGAGAUGUGGAGCUCGGAGCCACGGGGCCAGCGUGGAGUACCCAAGGCAUUGGCUCCCUGAGGAGGGUUGUCCGGGACUACAGCAUCCCGGAGAUCCUUCUGUUCUCUGAGAAGGGCUUCGAGGGGGACCAAGUGAAGCUAACUGGGGCCCUGAAGGACCCCCAGGGCCUGGAGAGGCCCCUGAAGGUGGCAUCUGUCACUGUCUCUGCAGGAUUGUGGCUGUUGUACCCCAAACCGUUCUUUGAAGACACCCCCUUCAUCCUGGAACCUGGAGAGUACCCCACCUUGGAGGCCUGGGGUACAUCGGAUCCCAGUGUGGGCUCCCUGAAGCCCAUGAGAUUGGGCUGCCCAAGUGUGGAGAAGCCAGGGGAGCCCAAGGCUGUGGUGUAUGAGGCCCCACGCUUUCAGGGCCAGAGCUGGGAAGUGAGCAGAGACAUCUACAACCUGCAGCAACCAGAGGACAGCCAGAGCCCCCACCUGGCCUCUGUGGGGUCCCUGCGAAUUCUAGGGGGCUGCUGGGUGGGCUACGAGAAGGAAGGCUUCCGGGGCCACCAGUAUUUGCUGGAAGAGGGGGAAUAUGCCGACUGGUCACACUGGGGAGGCUAUGACGAAUUGCUGACCUCCUUGCGGGUCAUCCGGACGGACUUCGGGGACCCGGCCGUGGUGCUGUUUGAAGCCAUGGACUUCGAGGGGCACGGCGUGGAGGUGAGCAAGGCAUUGCCGGACGUGGAGCUGGUGCGACACGGUCCCAGCACGCAGGCUAUCCACGUGCUCAGCGGCGUGUGGGUGGCCUAUCAGGAGGUGGGCUUCUCUGGGGAGCAGUACGUGCUGGAGAAGGGCGUGUACCGUAACUGCGACGACUGGGGCGCGGGCAACAGCGCCCUCGCCUCGCUGCAGCCGGUCCUGCAGGUCGGGGAACAUGAUCUGCACUUUGUCUCAAAGAUCCAGCUUUUCUCCGGCCCCAACUUCCUGGGCGAGCAUAUCACCUUCGAGGAUGACCAGGCCUUUCUGGCCGCCGCCUUCCAGCCCCAGUCCUGCCGUGUCCAAGGCGGCAGCUGGAUCCUCUUUGAUGAGAAGAACUUUGAGGGUGACCAGCACAUUCUGUCUGAGGGCGAGUUCCCCACUCUCACGGCCAUGGGCUGCCUAUCCUCCAUGAUCCUGGGCUCUCUCCGGAAGGUACCACUGCACUUUUCGCAGCCCUCCAUUUUCCUGUACGGACUGGAGUGCUUUGAGGGGAAGGAGAUCGAGCUCAGUGGGGAGGUGCGGAGCCUGCAAGCCGAGGGCUUCAACAACCACGUGCUGUCCGUGCGGAUCAAGGGGGGCGUCUGGGUGCUGUGUGAGCACAGCGACUUCCGGGGCCGCCAGUGGCUGGUGGGCAGCUGUGAGAUCACCAACUGGCUGACCUACAGCGGCACCCAGAGGGUGGGCUCCCUCUACCCCAUCAAGCAGCGCCGGGCUUAUUUCCGCCUCUGGAAUGUGGCACUAGGGGGAUUCUUAGCAGUGCCAGACCAUGUGGAGGACAUGAAGGCGGGCCGUGUGGUGGUCUCCAGGCCCCAGUCAGGAGGCAGCUGCAUAUGGUACUACGAGGAUGGGCUGCUGAAGAACCAGGUGGCCCCCACCAUGAGUCUGCAGGUGAUCGGACCCCCCAGCCCCGGAUCUAAGGUGGUGCUGUGGGCUGAGAGUCGCCUCCCGCGCCAGACGUGGAGCAUCAAUGAAUCGGGCCACAUCUGCAGCCAGAUGUUUGAAGGCCAGAUCCUGGACGUGAAGGGUGGCCGGGGCUACGACCGAGACCACGUGGUGCUGUGGGAGCUGGCCGAGGACAGGGAAUCCCAGAUCUGGACCAUACACGUGCUUUGAACUCCCUUCCCCAUCUCCUUCCUACCCCCAGGUGGCUUUUGCUGGGAUGAAAUGUUU